AUUCCACCCACCCAAGUCCCAUACACAGACGAUAGACCAAGACCCACAUACACAUAAACAUGAAUGAAAAUAUAAAAUAAGAAAGAAAAAGUAUCGUCUUUUUAAUCUUCCCACUUUCUUCUUUGUCAUGCUUGAUAAUUGAUAACUACCUCAUCAGUCAUCACUUCACUAGUCUUUUCUUUUCUCACACCCUCUUUUUAAGUUUUUAUUAUUUUUUUCUACACAACACCUCCCAUACUUUCUUCCUUUCUUUUUUGAUCGUUAGAUCAUUAUCUUCUCUUACUUACCCAGUAAAUAGUGGGCUAUAUUAUUAACACCCAAAAAAAAAAAAAAAAAAAAAAAUAAUUCCCACUAUAAAAUAGAAACUAAGGUCAAGAAUUUUUAUCUGAUUCGAAGAAAAAAAAAAUGGGAAUAAUGGAACAAAUGAUGAGAACAACAGAAGUAGUAGAAGAUGAAGAGAAGAUAAAAUGGCCUAUUUGGUUGAAACCCCUUUUGAAAACUAGCUUCUUUGGCCAAUGUAAGACUCACCCUGAUGCUCAUAAAAGCGAAUGUAACAUGUUUUGUUUGGAUUGUAUGAAUGGCGCGCUUUGCUCUGUUUGCUUAUCGUCUCACAAGGAUCACCACGCAAUCCAGAUAAGGCGGUCUUCUUACCAUGAUGUGAUAAGGGUAACGGAGAUACAAAAAUAUGUGGACAUAACAGGGAUACAGACUUACAUUAUCAAUAGCGCCCGCAUCGUAUUCUUGAACCAGCGACCGCAGCCUCGGCCCGGUAAAGGCGUUACUAAUACUUGCCUUGUUUGCCACCGUAGUUUACUUGAUUCCUUCUCCUUUUGCUCACUUUCCUGCAAGAUAAAUGGGACAUCAAAAAAUUUCUGGACUGAUAAUAAGACAAGGAUCGGAGAGACAGGAAAUUCGAAUUCAGACUCGGAAGAAUCCUUGAAUAACUAUUACAAUGAAAAGGGGAGUGCUGCUUAUAACAAUUACAAUUACAGUUACAAUUACAGGAAGAAGCUGCAGAGUUUUUCACCAUCAACACCGCCAAGAACGACUUCAUCUGGCUCAGGCGGUGCAGGUUACAGGUCUGCAAAGCGCAGGAAGGGUAUACCUCAUAGAGCCCCUCUCGGGGCACUUCUCAUACAGUACUAAAACUGCUGCCAGCCUGCCACUACAAUAUUACUACUACAGCUACCACAGCUCGCUACAUCUUUGCUAGUUAACGCGAUCUAUACUAGUCCGUGCAGGAGUGCACUCUGUAUAUUACACAAGACUAAUAGCUGCAGGUACUCUCUUCUCAAGUAUUGUAUAUGUACAUAAAUAUAGACAGUUAGGAAAGACUUAUAGAAGAUAUGAAUAGAAGCAAUACAAGUAAGUUUAAGAGCUUUUUUUUCUUUUUUCUUUUUUUGGUAUACACACAAAGGUAUAUGUAUGUGGGGAGGAAAUCGACUUUGAUGUAAAUACCGAUAUACUACGUAUAUGUAAUGUAAUGGUGUAGGUAUAUGGCGCUUGUUCGGAUACAGGGGAGGUUCUGUUAUUUUCUUAAAGAAAGAAAAUUGGAAUAAAUCGAUCGAUCAUAAUACUUUAGGUAAUGUGAAAACAAUUAUGUAAUGUAUGUUUGUAUAUAAUUGAAUGAUGAAAGUAACUUGUCAUAUUUGAUAGCAA